GUCGCUUGGCCCGCCAGAGUUUUUUUUUGGCCAGCAACCCCUGCUUUCCUGAGUGCCGCUUCUUAUCUCUGGAUCCAAGGCCAGAAAAAGUUUCUUUGACUUGAUGCACGGUAUACAUUCGCUUCCGUACCGCACGUACCCUGCACCGUGUCUCGAGUACCUCAUCGCAUUCCUGGAUGUAUCUUUGCUCUGCGACAACGGUGAGGAGGCCUGGCGACAUAAAGCAAAGAAUAUAAAAAGCCUCAGACCCCGCUGAAACUGCAGCCUGUAUCUGUUGUCUCCUCUCUUUAUCAUUAUCAUAUUUUUGGGCGCUAGUUUACCCCAUUGCACCAGCCUUUAUAUUGCAACACGUCCUCACUACUUUGCUUGCCCGAACAACACCCCGGAUUCCUGUCCAUACGUAAUAUCUUUCAUCUUCACAUACACAAACACACACACCACAAAAAUGGCGUCAGAAUCAACAAUCCUCUCCAAUGCCGAGAACCUCAAGAAGUUCUUGCGUCUUCCCCAGAACGGCCAGCUCAUUGCCGAGUACAUCUGGAUCGACAGCGAAGGCGGCACCAGGUCAAAGUCGAGGACUCUUCCCGAGAAGGAGAGCCAAUAUCUCCCUGAGGAGCUUCCCAUCUGGAACUUCGAUGGUUCCUCGACUGGCCAGGCCCCCGGCGAGAACUCCGAUGUCUACCUCAAGCCCGUAGCCGUCUUCCCUGACCCGUUCCGUGGUAGCCCCAACAUUCUCGUCCUCUCCGAGUGCUGGAACGCCGAUGGCACCCCCAACAAGUUCAACCACAGACAUGAAGCCGCCAAGUUGAUGGAGGCUCAUGCCGACCAGGUUCCCUGGUUCGGUCUCGAGCAGGAGUACACUCUCCUCGACAUCAACGACAGGCCCUAUGGUUGGCCCAGAAACGGUUUCCCCGCUCCCCAGGGCCCCUACUACUGCGGUGUCGGCACUGGCAAGGUUGUCCAGCGUGACAUUGUCGAGGCGCACUACAAGUGCUGCUUGUACGCCGGCGUCAAGAUCUCUGGCACCAACGCCGAGGUCAUGCCUGCUCAGUGGGAGUUCCAGGUCGGCCCUUGCGACGGCAUCGAGAUGGGUGACCACCUCUGGCUCGCUCGCUUCCUCCUCCACCGCGUGUCGGAAGAGUUCGGCGCCAAGGUCUCCUUCGACCCCAAGCCCAUUCCCGGUGACUGGAACGGCGCGGGCCUCCACACCAACUUCUCUACCGAGAACAUGCGCAAGGAGGGUGGCAUGAAGUACAUUGAGGAUGCCAUCAAGAAGCUCGAGGCCCGUCAUAAGGAGCACAUUGCCGUCUAUGGCGAGGGCAAUGAUAAGCGUCUUACCGGCCGUCACGAGACCGGCUCUAUCGACUCUUUCACAUACGGCGUUGCCAACCGCGGCGCCUCUAUCCGUAUUCCUAGGGAAUGCGGCGCCAAGGGCUACGGUUACUUCGAGGACCGUCGCCCUGCGUCCAACGCCGACCCUUACCAGAUUACGGGUAUUAUCAUGGAGACUUGCUUUGGCGCUGUUUCGGAGUAAAAAAAAAGAAGGGCGGGGACGGGUUUUGGGUUUGGCUUUCUGGGUUUCUUUCAGGCAUAACUUGAUUUCAUCGUGGAGCGUUCGGGAACACCAACUGCGUGUUACAUAGAUCAUUGAGCUUUUUCUCAUCCUACUAAUACCCCGGCAUAUUGAAUGAACGGUAACUUGGAUCGAUAAUUUAUCGUCCACUCUCACUUUUGGCUCCUACAGAACUAUCCACACAGUGUCUCCUGGUCAUCUUCAGCCAUAAGUCUUGGCAUGGCGCUGUUUCUUGACCCGGCAUCAGUUACGUAUAACCUUCACGGCCCACCGCCGAACAGCAGUGUACGUGGAUAGGCAAUCUCCAUCAGUUGGCCUAGUUUGAGUGCGUGUGGAUAUUUAAGGAUCCAUACUUGACGUUAUUUCAAACUCAAACGGCAUUUAUUCUGGUUGGCAGAGCGAGUGUCGAGAUCGAUUAUCGACCAAACCACCAUAUGACGUAUGUCAGAUCAGAGAUUCUUGGCGACUGGUCCACCAGCGAGAGGACCAUGAUGAUAAACUUGACAUCACUGUACGUGAUAUUCAAUAGUUCAUGCAAGCCUUCAAGUUAGUUACAUCGGAGCCUUGGGCACGAAAUAUCGGUUACUGUGUACUUCAGGGUAGGUUCCUUUCAGUCGACAUUUGGGGAUUUUGGAUAAUGUUGCUAGCGGACGAGGACCCAUGAGGAAGUGCGGAGAGCCGAAUACCAGACCUCCCGUAAGAAACUUGUCGGCGAUGCUAACGUCCGAUACGGUUAAAUGAGUAUACCUCACGGUCGGGUCAAGCCUCCGGUGUCUCAGGUUUCAACAAUGGGGAAGGUGAAUGGAAGUAUGUGAUCGAUCACCAUCGCUUGAUGGAAGUUUAUCAAGGUACCAGCGGGUAAAUAAUAUGGCAAGAUCUCCAUAUCAUUGUUCCGUUGCCACGGUACCGAACAAUCUCACAA